UGUCAAAAUUUUUUAAAUAUAUUUUUAACCAACAGAUGGCACAUUGUUAUGGUUUAUUUACUUUUUUUUGUUAAUUCAUUUUGCAACACCAUAUUGUUGUUGACAAUUGACAAUUAGUCAAUAAUAAUUUCAAAUAAUAGUUUUACAAAAAAAAAAUAGCACAAAUGAUGAAUAUACCAGCAAUUCAGCAACAGGGAGUGAUGCCAAUGGGCCAAAUGGGCCAGGCACAAAAUUCCCAAAUGUCACAAAAUCCACAACAAGUUCAACAACAACAACAACAGCAACAGCAGCAACAACAACAAACUCAAGAAAAACUUGAUAAUAUAUCUAAAAUAAAAUCAUUAAUUGGACCACUUAAAGAAUCACUUGCUGUUGUUGUUAAAACAGCGGCACAAACAUUAAAUCAAAAUAGUAUGGUUGAUGUUGGCUCAUUAAAAGGACUUGAUCCACCAGAUUAUAAAUUUAAUAAACAUACUGAAGAAUUUUAUUCAAUAUGUGAUCAAAUUGAAUUACAUUUAAAAACAUCAAUUGAAUGUGUAUCACAACAUAGUAGUUCAGUACGUUAUUUACCACUUCAAGUUGCUCCAACAAGAACUGAAACUGUACCAAGUCAAGAAGGACCAAUAUUAACAUAUCCACAAUUUUUAUUAACUGCUAAAGCACAAGUUGCUUAUGUUCGUGAAGUACAUGAUAAUCUUGUAUUAGCUGCUCAUCCACCAGCUGAUUAAUAACUAGAAAAUGGUUAUUUGUAUCCAAAUAAUUUUAAUCAUCAUUAAGACUAUCAUCAUUUUUUUUUUGUAAGGGUUCAUUAAUUUAUGAUUCAAUCAAUAUAACAUCACAUAAAAUCAUAACUUUAUUUUAAUAUUUAAAUUUAUUUAUAAAUGUUCCCUGCAAAUGAAAAAGAAAAAUUUUUAAAAAAGGAUACAAAUAACCAUUGUAAAAAAUAGUUUAUAAAUUAUUAUUUGAAUUUAAAAAAUUAUAAUUAGAAAGAACAGACGUUUUUUUGUUAAUAGAAAAAUUUAAUUUAUGAUAAUAUUAUUUAUAAAUUAAAAAUAAACAACAAACAGUGAAAAAUAAACAAAAAAAAAAUAUUAAUAUUUAAUGAUUUUUUUUCUAUUUGAAUGAUUUAUUAUUUUGAUAGUUACUGUUGAAAAUAAUAAUGAAAAAAAUUGAAAAUAUGUAAUUUUUCACUUGUUAAGUAUGUGGAUAGACGUUAUCAUAUUUUAAUCGUUCACUUGGUAUAACUAAAUAGCUCCAUUUGUGGUGAUAUAAAGAUGUUUAUCAAUGUACAACUGGUAACCAGUGGCACCCUUGAAAUAAUCAAGAUGGGUGGUAACUGAGUUAACGAUCCUUGUCACCACCUAAACUGUGUAAACAGUAAAAUUAUGUUAAUUAAUAAUAAAUGUAAACAACAAAUAUAAAUUUAAUUAAAUAAUAUUUUUUUUUGAAUAUAAGAUACUUGUAUGCCUAUAUAUAAAAAUAAAUAAGGAAAAAAAAAAAAAAAUUACAAGAACGCGUUUCAGGCAUUCAGACAGUGUACUUCCCCGAUGAUGAUGAUGAG